CGGAGUGUGAGCUUGAGGACGUUGCCGUCGACUGCUAGGGACCCAAAAGUUGCUGAGAAGUACCCAUGGCUCGCGUGUAAUCAAAAUCACUAUGAUGCUCGGAAAAAGGUCCAGAAGCGGCUGCUGUACGUGCCGCAAGCGUCACCAGAAAUGUGACGAAACCAAGCCUGCUUGUUGGAACUGCCGACUGCGGGGUGUGGAGUGCGGCGGCUAUGGCAUCAAACUCACAGAGUUUACAGCCCACAGCGGCCAUGAUGGUCAGAUGGUGUCGAAAAUGGUAAGCGGCUCCCCCGGCAAGAAUCCCUCGGGGAUCAGGUCGAGGCAGAGGCAGAGGGCGAAGGAGACGAUGCCGCGUAGAGCAAAUCAGAUCAAGGAAGUCCUUCCCCGUGCUGAGCAAGCAUUCCGGGUGGGGUCGGGGGAGCCUUCUGGGUCCUCGCCGGUUCAGUUCCUCCACGAGCAACCCUCACAGCCAAGCAGUCGUCCGGCUCCCAGCAACACGCACCUGGCCAGCCCUGAUGCCAUCCCUGAACAACAACAACUCAGUAGGGGCAAUGAUGAAACAACAAGCCCGAGGUCGUCGAGGCCUUCAACAGCGUCGACGACACAUGAGCUCAUGCGAAUAUUCAGUCCUGGCCGUGAGCUUGCGGGAGACGAUGUCGACGUCGAUUUCUCUGUGGGUGAUCGGGUUGGCGAGACAUGGCCCGGAAACUCCAGCUCAGGACAAGGGGAUACGGUACCAGCUUCUCAGGCAUUGGCUCGCUCUCCUUGGGCUCAAUUCGACGCCUACUUUGCUAUGCCAUCCUUUGAGAUAGACACCACUCCGGAACCAUUUGCCGUCGCCUCAAGCAGCGCAGCUCUUACUGCAGCUGCGUACGAUGACGAGCCGGCAACGGACGAGCAGCAAACAAUGAAAGAUAUCGAGGAAGCGUUCAUGAAUUAUAGCGAGCCUGUACUGAGCCCAAGGCCAAACGAUCCAUACGACCAGUACCUCUUUGGUCAUUACAUGACCAAUCUUUCACUGCGAUUGUACCCUGCCAACACUGUGGAGAAUCCGUAUCACGUCGUCUACGGAUCCAUGGCAGCUCAAUCGGAUGCCAUGCACAAAAUGAUACUCUUCGCCUCAGCUCAGCACCUUGUACAGCUUGGCCAAUUGCCAAAGUUUGCCAUCCAACCAUACCGCUCGGCAAUGCGUCAGUCCUUCCGGGACGCUCUACAAAACCAGGCCGAGUCCUGGGUAUUAGGGGUGACGGUCCUGCUUUCCAUAGUGUUUGAUGUUAUAGGGACUGGUAUGGAUGGUUGGAGCUCGAAGCUGAUCGGCUGUCGCCGCUUGCUCACCAGGGGCCUUUCCAAAGCAAAAGGGGCAAUGCGCACCGGGUUGCAAUGCGUGUUGCUGCAGUACAAUUGGGACGUCAUGAUUGGUCGCGCUCUUCUAAGAGGCUUGCAGCCGUCGGCCUCCUUGCUCGAGCUGAAGUGCAUCGACAAAGACGAGGCUCCAGAGCCCAUGAAGCCCUUCGAGGACGGCGAAAUGGCGGCGCAUCAAUCGCGUUGGUGGAACAACCUGCCAGACUUCCGAAUGCACCAGAUUUUCCGCGAGGCAAUCGAUCUUUGCAGCACUGUCGAUGAGCUCCGAGCCGCGCCAGACAGGCUGGACGACCUCUUAAGGACCAUGCCACAAGUAGCGGAGUUAGUUCAAAAAAUUGAGACGUGGACGCCGGAUGUGUCCGAUGUGUCUCGUGAACAUGCCGAUUCCGUCAAGCACUUCAACGACGUGUGGAGGCAGGGUAUGCUCUGCUAUGUAUACCACGACAUUUACUCACUUGACUCGGGGGAUGACCGUAUCCAGGCGUGUGUACGAGCUUCGUUGGAACCCCUUUCGAGGUUGUCAUGGCUCCAGGCAGCACUGUUCCCAAUCUUCAUGACCGCUGUGCAUGCGCAGACCACAGAGGCUCGGGAAUGUUUCCAAACCGCGUUUACAAGCAUGCAUCAAUCGCUCGCUUUUCAGACUCCACUUUCGUUGGCUCUGGUCUUGAAGAAUAUUUGGGGGCAGUUGGACGAGAACCAGGGCGGGAGAGUAAAAUGGAGAGAUAUUGUCCAGGAUAUGGGCAUGGAGCUGAACAUCCUCCUGUAAAUAAAGAAAAACUGUUCCUUUACUUAAUACGCAAGAUUAGCAAUGCUCA